UGGUGUGGGAAGGGUCGCUUUGGAUGCACUUGAGCAGGGGUCCCCAACCCCUGAGCCAUGGAGCCGCAAGGAGCCACACAGCAGGAGGUGGGAACAUCCAGUUGCAGGAAAACAAGCUUAACACGCCCACUGAUUCUACAUUAUGCUCCUACCUCCUGGCAGCCUCUCCAGGCCCAGCACUUUCUCCAGUCAGCCUCUACAGACCAAGCUCAUGACUCACCAUGGCCUAUUUAGGCCCAUACCCUACCUCACGGCAGUCUCCGCAGAUGAGGCUACUGCCUCACAACAGCCUCCACAGGCACAGCUCCAUCGUUACAAUGGCCUCUUUGGACCCAGCUCCUGCCUCCCAGCCUUCUCUCCAGGCCCUGAACUUCCUCAAGUCGACCUCACCAGGCCCAGCUCAUGCUUCUUUGCAGCCUCUCCAGGCCCAGCUCCUGCAUCUUGGUGGCCCCUCCAGGCCCAGCCUCUGCCUCCCGUCGGCCUCUACAGUCCCAACAUCUGCCUCACAGCAGAUUCUUCACGCCCAGCAUCUACCUCACUGUGGACCCCCCAAGCCAAGCUCCCAACCUUUUAGCAGCUUCUACACACCCAGCUCCUGCCAACCAGUGGCCUCUUUAGGCCAAGCUCAUGCUUCACAAGGGCCUUUCCAGGCCCAACUUUUGUCUCAUGGCAACCUUCCCUGGCCAGAUUCCUGCCUGUCUCCCAGCAGCCUAGACAGGCCCAGGUCUUGCCUCACACUGGCCUCUCUACAUCCAGCUUAUGCCUCACGGUGGCCUCUCCAGGCCCAACUCCUGUCCCAGGACGUUAUCUCCGGGCCCAAAACUUACUCAAGUCAGACUCUCUAGUCCCAACUGCUG